AUGGUGACGCGAAAUUUACUGAAGUUCAAUCGAGUCUCGGGAAUCUUGUCCCUAUCUCGGUCUCAGGUUUCGAUGGACAUGCAUCGUAUUCCUGUCAAAAACUUUGAAAAAGCAAUGAGUUCCCAAGCGUCACGAAAUGAAAUGACCUGUGUUCGGUGGAAAAAGCACGGUUGGACUGCAGAUUCUAUGGUGAAAGAUACAUUCAAUGAAAUCAUGAAAGGAAGUCGUUCAUUUACUAGAGCUGAGGUGCAAAGAGCUAUAAAUCAUUUUAAUGAUCUCAAGAUGAAAGCAAAAGUGCCCGAUUUCAUGGCUGUCAAGUUGGCAUCAGUUGUAACAAUUCAUCUUGGCUGGAAAGAAGGGGAAAAAGUUCUGGAAAUGCAUUACAUGACUCAUGGUGCAGAAUUAAGAUUUGCAGGAGAAGCAUCACUAAUGGAUGAACAAGUGGAAGGAGCUGUACGUCGAAUUUUUGAUAAUAUGGGCGGAGACGCAUAUGAAAUAGCUCGUCAUUUCUACUGUCGUCUUAUUGAUUUAAGGCUUUGCAAAGUGAAAGAUUGUGUUUUCAGAAUCUUCAUACUGGAUUUACUCAAGAAGAAUCAAGUAAAGAAAGCGAUUGAAGAAUUUGAUUAUUUUUCUCAUUACGGAAAACAUGGCUCAUUAUCGAGUACAGCAUUUUUUGUGCUCUGGUCAGCCUUCAAAAAGAAUGAUGAAUUAUUUCAGGAAGCAGUAGAAAUCAUCAACGGAAGUAUAGAAAGUCGUCUGCAGCAAAUCUGCAUUUUGGGUUCUGUAUUUCUCAUGGAAGAACUUCAUAUACAGUUUGUGGAUUUUCUAAGGAAACAAAACUACAACAUAUCAACGGAAGACGUAGAAUUCAUAUGUAAUUUGACACGCAAAUGUAAAAAGCCCGCUAUUUUGGAAUCAUUUAUGAAUGCUCAUGAAUUAUUCAAAUUGACUGAUAAGUCACGAGCUCGAAUAUAUGGAAGUUUAAUCGAAAUUCAUGGGAAAGCGAACAAUUUGACCGGCUUGUUGAAAAUAUGGGAACAGGUAGUUGCGGAAAAAAACUUGAAUAAUUUCAGAGUUGUGAUUCUUAAACUUGGCCACUUCUACAAAUGCAACAAUUUUUCAGUUCCAACUGAUAUGCAAUAUUAUUUGAAACAGUACAGAGAAUAA